AUGGGGCCCUCUUUCCCUCCUGAUUUUGAUGACAGCCUCAGGAGAAGCUCAGGUGGUGGCUUUGCAUUGGAUGAGACACUGACACCAGGGAUGGUGUCCCAGCAGCAGAGGGUGGCAGAUGGUUUGCUGCUCUGUGGAGAUGAAGACCUGGAGGAGUGGCUAGGAGACAUCCCAGUGAAAAAGGUUAAAAAUACACCUUUUCGGUCACCUUCAGCCCCGGGGCGGUGCCCCCUGGACCAGAGGCUGGGGAAGGGGCGGAGCGUCACGCUCAGCCCUGUAAUGCCUGGCAGCCCCUCCGGCUGCUCGGCACACCCAGAGGCAGCGGAGGCAGCAGAGGCGAGGCUGUCCACGGCUGUCUGUCCUGAGCUGCUGGAGAAGCGUUCAGCAAUGGCCGAGAGCUCAGCUGCAACAGCGGCAGUGACGGCAGCACCAACCGUGCUAGAUGAGCUCCUGGAGAUCACAGCUCAGAGCCUGGUGCGCACCGAGGUGGCUGAGCACUAUGAGGUUAUUCGGGAGCUGGGCAGGGGCAAGUAUGGCCAUGUGGUGCUAGUGACCCACAGGCAGAGAGGGACUCCAAUGGCUCUCAAGCUGCUGCCCAAAGCCAGUACCAAGCUGCACACCUUCCUCUAUGAGUACUGCGUGGCACUCUCCCUUGCCACCCACCCUGCUAUCAUUAGCAUGUUUGGAAUUGCAAUUGAAUCCAGCCAGUACUAUGGUUUCCUCUAUGAACCAGCGCUGCACAAAGACCUCAUCUCUAUCAUCAAACCCCGGGAUGGGAUCCCUGAACCGGCUGCCAAGCAGUGUGCCAAGCAGCUUGUGAGUGCGCUGGAGUUCAUCCACAGCCGGGGGCUCGUGUACCGUGAUGUCAAGCCUGAGAAUGUGCUGCUCUUUGAUCCUGAGUGCCGGCGCAUCAAACUGACUGACUUCGGGCUUACACGGCCCAAGGGUACCAAGCUCAAGCUGGUGGCUGGGGUAAUCCCCUACACUGCCCCUGAGCUGAGCAACACCACUGAUGCCCAGGGGGUGCCCAUUGACACAAGCUUGGAUGCCUGGGCUUUUGGCGUGCUGCUGUUCUGCCUGCUGACUGGCUACUUCCCCUGGGAGCAAAGCCUGCCCGACGACCCUUUCUUUGAGGACUUCAUGCUCUGGCAGGAGACAGGCCUGGAGGAGAACCUGCCUCGCCACUGGAAACGCCUGACAGCGGAGGCCGCCCUCAUGUUGCGGAGCCUGCUGGCCCUAGAUCCUGCCAAGCGUGGCCCUGUUGGCGGAGCUCUGCGCUACGUCGAUUGCCCCUGGCGGCUGGAGGACGGGUGUAGUGAGGGGGCUGCUGUGAAGCCCUAAAGCCUGCUCUCCAUGGGGGAGGGAAGGCAAGUCUCACCCUGCAAGGAGCUUCAGGGUUGGAGCCAUCAAGGUGGGCCUCCAGCAGAGCAGCUGUGAGAGACCAUGGUAACCCUAAGAGAAACUUCUCUACAGCAUUGUCCAUGCCACGAUGGAGUCAAGCUCCUUCCUCAUAUGAUGGUUCUCACCAGCACUGCUCAGCACUGCCCAGUGCCACCUCCUUGUACUUCCUUGGGGCUUGAAAAUAUCUCCUUUCUCUUGCAAGUGGUGGUCCUUGUGUGAAGUACCCACUUUCUUCCUGGUCUCUCAGGGGUAGUUUCCAGGGGCUGCAGUGCCUGUCUUGUCCUUGAAAUAGAGCAAGAUAUUUAUCUAUCUUUGUGUUUUUGUAUGUGGCUUGUCUUCUUUCAUAAUAAAAUGGGGGCUGUUUGCUGUG